AUGAGCGGCAGUAGCGAGGCCGUGCUCGGCGCGGAGAGCGAAGAGCUCGAGUCGCAGCUGUUGGAGCUGGAGCGGCGGGUGGCGUCACGGCAGCAUGGCACGGUCAAGGAGAUGGCGGAGACGGUGGGCGCGAUGAGGCGCGUGUUGACGUCCGCCCGCACAGCACUGUCGUCGCAGCGGCAGGCCAUUGCCUCGUGGAAGAAGCGCGCAGAGCACUCGGAGCAUCUGGUGGUGGCGCUCAAGGCGCACGUGCGCCGCUUGCAGCAGGAGAACGCCAACCUGCAAGGGCUGGUGGACAACCUGUCUGGCGGCGAUGACAACAAGGGUGGUGGCCUUUCGCGCCGUAGCAGCGUCGCCAGCACCGCCGCACCAACAACGGCGCCGCCCUCACCGCGCCCAGUGGCGGGCCGCGCCGCUGUCGACCAAGCAGCCCUAGAAGAGGCGGAGGCAGAGGCGGCUCGGCUGCGGCGGGAAGUUGCACACCUCAAGGCGCGGAUGGCUGAUCAGCAGCACCAGUACCAACAGCAGCAGCAGCAGAACCAGGGAGCCCCGAUCUUCCUUGGUGGCACCCCUGUUGCAGGCAAGGAACACGGCCCCGCCACAAGCAAAGGUCUUGAUCGCGCUGACGUGUGGAUGACGCCGGCCCACAAACGGGAAGAGCAGGAGCGCGUCAACAGGGUGCUGCGGCGCGUGCUUGACCAGCGCGACGAGGCCCUGCAGCUGUUGGAGUCCGCAGGCAUUGCCACUGAUGGCAUCAUGGGUGGUGCUGGCGGUCGUGGCGGUCGCGGCCACAAGGGCAAGGGCGCCUCAUCCUCCGCUCAACGCAUUGCGCGGGAGAAAGCGAAAGAAGCCCGCCGGCUGCGGCACAUGGUGGCCCAGCAGCAAGAGGCCAUCUUCAUGCUUGAGGAGCAGCUCCAAGACGCGUUGACCGCAGCGUGGCAGCACCAGCAUGGCGUUGGUGGCCUCGGUGGCGCCGGUCGUGUCGGCAGUGCCGUGGAUCCAUUCCAGCAGCGGCGCGGCCGGUCCAUCACCUCCAUCUACCAGUGGGCUGCUCGCAACGCAUCGCAGCGCAGCACGCAGUACAGCUCCCGCGCCACCCUAGUGCCGCGUGCGAUUGUCGCCACGCCAGACGUCGAGGCCUCAGCCGUGCUGCUCAAGGGCAAGCAGCUUGAGGUCGACCUCCUUCGCGCCAUAUGCACAGGCCUGCGGGACGCGGUGCAGGAUGCGCUCGCCAUCAUGGCAAGAGACAGCAGCAACCCGGUGUACGUGCGGCUGCAGCAGGCCAUGGCGGAGUACCAGAGCCCCGAUCUGGAAGGUGCGCCAUAUGGAUGGGAGCGACGCCGCACAGACGCAGGCCUCGAGUUCUACGUGGACCGCACGCACCAGGUCACGCUCUGGUGGCACCCGUUGCUGGAGGUGGAGGUGGGCGGUGCGGACGUGUAUGCGCCAUACGACGCGCCGCACACGGCGGCGCUGGUGGAUGCAGUGCCGCCUGAUGGUGAUGGUGAUGGUGAUGGCGGGAAACACAUUGUGGUGCACUGGGACGGGGCCAACGUCAAGCAGCCUGACAGCGGCAUGCACGGCCGCGGCAGGAGCGGGUCGCGCCACACGCACACACAGGAGGAGAGCACACGCCGAACCAACAGCGGCAGGGCAAAGAAUAAGAAGCAGACAAACAGCAGCAGCAAAUGA